AUGGCGAAAGUGCAGAGCCAGGAGGCGGAGCAAUCGGAUUCGCCAAACGAUGACCGUGACUCGACCAUACUUCAUGAGCUAAGGGGGCUGCGAAAAGAAUAUGCGGAAGCGGUAUCAGACAACAAGAGAGCACUGGCUAGACUUGAGGUGAGCAUUGGAGAGCUCAUGGUCAGGACAACGUCCCUGGAGCAGAAGGUGGUUCACAUGGAGGAAAGAUUGGGAAAUAAUGAAGACAAGAUGACACGGAUGCAGCGGGCGGCGACAUUUUUGCUACGGGAAACGACUAUACUAUCAGAAAAAUGCAAUGACUUGGAGUCGAGAAUGAGGCGCAACAACAUAAGAAUAGGCUACAUGGCAUUCCCAAGGAUUCAAAUCACACAAGGGAUGGACUUGUGUAUUGAAAGAGCACACCGCUCACUGGUGAACAAACCAAAGGACAGCACGGUCCCCCCGAGAGCGAUCAUAGUACGCUUCUUGGAUUAUAAGAUGAAGGAACAAGUGAUAAAGCAAGCCUGGAAACAGAAGAUUUGCUAUGAAGGGCAGUCUGUUUAUUUCAAUCAAGACUACACAACGGAGGUCCAAAAGAAAAGAAAACAGGUCAGGGAAGUCAUCAAACAACUGAAGGAAAGGAAUGUGAAGGCGCAGUCUCCCUAUCCGGCCCAACUGAAAGUGUUUUUGGACACCGGAAAAAAGACAUUCAGCAAAGUGGAGGAAGCGGCGCCUAUGCUGAAGGAGAUGGGUAUCACGGUGAAGGAGGACAGACUGGAGAGAAUUCAACAUUUGAUGACGCAGAAGGUAAAGGGGACCGGACACGGGGGCAAAAAGAGACAGCCCCAAAUGACAGAGGCGGAUCUGAGGGCAGUCCUGGAGUGA